AUGGAAUUGUGUUUCUUGAAAAAAUAUACUGCUGUAAUUUCGUUUGGAAAACAAAACAUCACUUCAUCUAUUUUAACAAUUUUGUCUGUCAUUUUUAAUCAAUCUUGUAUAAUUCUUUUGAUUUUUGCACUACCAACAAAAGAAGAAGAAUUGAAAUUGAUACCAGAAGAAUAUAAAUAUUAUUUUGAUCAUCUUGAAGAUUAUCUAAUAUGUGAAUUUAAUAUCAUGAUUAUCACUUUCUUGGCUUCUGUUCCAACUGGUUCUGCUUUCAUAACUGGUGUUAUUAUUUUCACAACUUAUAAAAUGUUGAAAGUUUUAUCACAUUCAAGUUCAACUAAUUCAAAUGCAACUAUUAAACGACACAGAGAUGUAUUGAGAAGUUUAAUUGCUCAAUCAUUAACUGUUGUUAUUUUUGUGGUUUCAGUUAUUAUCGUUGUUUUCACCAUAGCUCUAGAAUUGCCAGCUGCUAAUGGUAGAAUUUUUGGAAUUUCAGAAAAAAAAUGAAAUUGUUUUUUUCAGAAAUCACAUCGAUUCAAACAGCAAUUUUUAGUAAUCAUUCGAUUGUGAACUGUAUUGUUAUGAUUUUUUCAUAUCCGCCUUUUCGAAACGAAGCGUUGUUUUGGAAAAAUAGAAAGGAUAAAAAGUCCUCCUCUGUUUCAAAAGUUGUUGUUAUUAAUUGA